CAAUUUUGCUCGGUUUUGCAGCGGCUGGCAGGCAGAUGUGUGCAUGUUUGACCCAGAUGACUUGAACGAUGGCGUGAUGGAGUGCUUGAUCUAUGAUUCCCCGACCUGAAGUUAUCGGUGCAGGGUCUGUUUAUUCUGGGGAGGGAGGUGGAGUGUUUAGGGUUUGUUUGGGGUUUGCGGUGGGUUUCAGCUCUUUGUAUGGUGAUCAACGUCUGCCGCGAUGCCUUCUACUAAUUCCCUAGUUGGGGAAACUCGCGAUGGAGAUACUGCGGAGAAUUUGGUAGCACAAACUAGUGCCCUGGACAUUGUCAAGAAAGGAGGUGUUAACGGAGAGGCUCCGACGCUGUAUAAGCAGAGGUCAGGUAAUUUCAUAGAGGACGAAGGCGGGAUAUGGGGGCUUGAAGGAGACGCUGCAAAGUGCGGCUGCAGUGACGAGGCUAAGGCUGUUUGUACUGUUGCUGCUAAGGAAGGAGAUCAGAAAUGUGGUGGGGGUGAUAAUGUCGGUGGUGGGAAUUUUAUUGAAGAUGCAGGUGGGCUUUGGGGAAUUGGUGUAAAUGGUUCGAAGUGUGGUUGCAGUGACAUUGCUGACGCAGGGGAUAAGAGAUGUGGCGAUGGCAGUGACCUUGCAGCUAAUGCCAGCGGCGGUUCUUGUAGUCGUAUUUGCGGUACCUGCACCGAUGGGUCGGAGAAGUCGCAAGCGUGCUCAAAAAGUCAUGAAGUUGCACUGCACCAAGUGCAUCCCGCUACUGGAGUGUCACCUUUCGCAUUGAGCGAGGAUGGUGUACGUGGAAAAAUCUUUUUUGCAUCCGAGAGUGGCACCACCAAAAGGCUUGCUGAAAGGCUUCUCAAAAAAUUUAAUGACAAAAGUCUGCCGGUCGAUCUAGUAGAUCCAGCUAGUUAUGAACCUGAAGAUCUUCCUAAAGAGAAGCUUGUUAUUGUCGUUGCUUCAACUUGGGAGGAUGGUAAAGCUCCAAAGAAUGCUGCAUUUCUUGCUCAAUGGCUUGAGGAGAGUUCAGAAGAUUUCCGAGUGGGGUCUGGCAUUCUCCGCGAAUGCAGGUUUUGUGUGUUCGGAGUAGGAAGUCAAGCUUAUGGUGCCAAUUUCAAUGCAGUCGCUAGGGCUUUUGACGCCCACCUUGCAUCUCUCGGUGGGCUUCGGAUGGCAUUGAGAGGUGAAGGCGAUGUUGAUGAAGGCACAGUUGACCAAGAGUUUGAUGAUUGGUCGAAGGCGUUACUUGAAAAAUUGGAAAGAGCUGAUCCUCGACGGCUUUCCCAUGAAUCUGCAGCUGAACCGUUAGCAACUAAUGAAGCUGAAGAAAGUUCUAAAUUUGACGGCUAUUUGAGUGCUACUCAAGGAUCCGACGAGGAUAGUGAUGAAGAUAGCGAAACAUUUGAGGAUGCCGAUGAGAGUGGCAAUUUUUCAGAUGGCGUUGUUGAUCUGGAAGACAUGGGUGGUCAACGUGGCAUGUCUGAGCCUCUUGAAGCGAGCCAGAAGCGAGGUGUGGUGAGGAGGCAGCCUCCUAAGAAGCAACCUACGCCAUUAGCUAAAGUGCUCAAAGAUGGGCCGAAAGAGAUGGUCACACCUGUGCUUCGAGCCAGCCUAGAGAAACAGGGUUAUAAAAUACUUGGCUCGCAUAGUGGAGUGAAGCUUUGCCGUUGGACUAAGUCUCAGCUUCGAGGUCGUGGUGGAUGCUACAAGCAUUCAUUUUAUGGCAUUGAGAGCCACCGGUGCAUGGAGACAACCCCCAGUUUAGCAUGUGCUAAUAAGUGCGUGUUUUGUUGGAGACAUCACACCAAUCCUGUUGGCAAAUCAUGGAGGUGGCAAAUGGAUGACCCUGUUGAUAUUGUCAAUGGUGCUUUGGAGCAGCAUACGAAGAUGAUCAAGCAAAUGAAGGGUGUACCUGGAGUGAAGCCUGAGCGCUUAGCUGAAGGGAUGAACCCAAGGCAUUGUGCACUGUCACUUGUGGGGGAACCAAUCAUGUACCCUGAAAUCAACACGUUAGUGAAUGAGCUACAUAAGCGGCGAAUCUCAACUUUCUUGGUUACAAAUGCACAGUUCCCAGAACGCAUUACAAACCUUGAACCCAUCACUCAGCUCUAUGUAAGUGUUGAUGCAGCAACUAAGGAGAAACUCAAGGCAAUUGACAGGCCCCUUUUCUCUGACUUCUGGGAGAGGUUCAUUGAUUCAUUGAAAGCCCUUGAGGACAAGGGCCAGCGGACUGUCUACCGUUUGACACUUGUGAAAGGAUGGAAUACUGAGGAAGUGAAGGCUUAUGCUGAGCUGCUGGACUUGGGACAACCCGAUUUUAUUGAGAUUAAGGGUGUUACCUACUGUGGAUCGACUGCAACCUCUUCCUUGACAAUGGAGAAUGUUCCCUGGCAUGAGGACGUUAAAGCUUUUGCGGAGGCAAUCGCAGCUGAAAGAGGGGGUGCAGAGUACGAGUUGGCUUGUGAACACUCACAUUCAUGUUGCGUCCUGCUUGCUAAAACUUCCAAAUUCAAAGUGAACGGGAAGUGGCAUACCUGGAUUGACUAUGAGAAGUUUCAGGAUCUGGUUGCAUCUGGCAAGCCCUUUGGCAGUGAAGAUUACAUGGCUGAAACACCUAGCUGGUCAGUUUAUGGGGCUGUUGAGGGAGGUUUCGACCCUAAGGAAACUCGAGUGAAAAAGGAGAGAAGACACGGUACCGCAGACCCUGGAGGAUGCACAUGAGUGAAUAGUGCUCAUCAAAUUGAGUCUCCGAGUUUAGAGGUAGUAUGAAAUUUCCGUUUGAAUUUACAGAAGUCAAUGAUGUUGGCAUGUCCGAUUUGGAUGGAUCGAAAAGCACAGGACACUUGUGUUCUUGGUCCUUAAUAGAGCAAAAUACAGUUGUAUCUGCUGCCACUUACUCCCCUUAUUUUUACUUCAGAUAGCUAUGCUGUGGAUGUGAGUUUCGUCGGAAUCAUGGUACCGAAACAGUUUCUACACGUAAUUUUGAGUGUAACAUGAGGUGAAUGUCA